AUGGGCACAAAACAACUUAAUGUCAUCCAAAGGGGCAUCGCUCAAAAACUUUGUAAGGCAUAUCGCACGGUCUCCCUGAACUCGGCACUGUUAAUGGCUGGGAUAUUCCCUUUGGAUCUCCGAGUUCGAGAGGCAGCCUCUCUAUAUGAGGCCAAGAAGGGAGUAUGCCAGUCAUGGCUUGGGGACAGGGAGAUCGAGCGAAUGUCAUCAGCAAUGAACGCCCCUCAUCCCGCAGAGCAACUGAGUCUGGAGUUUGGCAAUCUGGUAGACGAGGAACAAUAUAACACCCUCAACCACCUUGAUGUGAGAAUCUUCACGGAUGGGAGCAAGAUUGAGGGCCGAGUUGGGGCCGCUUUAUCCAUUUGGGAUGGUGAGGCCGAAAUAUGGUCCCACAAGCUUGCUCUCGCACCCUAUUGCACCGUUUAUCAGGCCGAACUUUUGGCUCUAAAUUAUGCAGUCAAAGAAGCCCAGCUCCGAAACGGGUCUACUUUUGGAGUCUUUAGCGACAGCAAAGCGGCAUUCCUCACAGUCACUAAUCACGGUUCCCUCCAUCCACUAGCCGUAGACACCAGAAACAUGCUGAAACAAUGCACAUUGCAAAAUAAGACCGUUGCCCUAUAUUGGAUAAAAUCACACGCGGGGUUGGAGGGAAACGAGCGAGCAGAUCAACUUGCUAAGGAAGCCGCUCUGCUGUCGAAAAUGACAGACAGGCAGAACAUUACGACCUGUGUCCCGUUUCAUACGUCAAGCGAAUUAUCCGGGGUGGUUCGCUUGACGAAUGGAACAGGCGAUACCGGGAUAGUGACAGAGCACCAGUUACCAAGCUAUUUUUUCCGGAUGCAGUAG